AUGGGUUACUUUGGGGUAGCAAAGACUUUAGAAAUAUUAACUGACCAUUUUUAUUGGCCUAAAAUGAAAGUUGAUAUGGAACGGAUUUGCAGUCGAUGCAUAACUUGUAAAAAGGCUAAAUCUAGGGUCUUACCUCAUGGACUUUACACACCUUUACCAGUGCCUAGUGAACCUUGGAGGAAGGCCGAGUUGGUGAAGUCACUCCAUGGAAAGGUACAGGAGCAAAUCGAGAAGAAGAGCAAGCAUUAUGCCGAGCAAGAAAAUAAGGGCAGGAAGAUUGUUACCUUCAAACCAAGAGAUUGGGUUUGGGUGCAAUUCACGAAAGACCGAUUCCUAGAACAGAGAAAAUCAAAGUUGCAGCCAUGGGGAGUUGGACCGUUUCAAGUACUUGAGAAGAUCAAUGACAACGUAUACACAUUAGAUCUUCCAAGUGAGUAUAGCGUUUCAUCAACUUUUAAUGUGUAUGAUCUUUUUCUCUUUGAUGCAGGUUCAGAUUUGAGGAUGAAUCCUUUCAAAGAGGAAGGGGAUGAUGUGAUCAAGAAGACACAAACGACAAAGUCAAUUCCAAUAUCAAGCCCGGGGAAAGAUCCAUUGAUAGUCGACUGGGAAAAGAUGACGCAAUCGAGGGCGAAGCAAGUGAAAGAGGCAUUGGGAUUGCUCGUUAAGGUAACCAUUGAUGAACCAUGUUUGGGAUUCAAAACAGAGCAAGUUUCAUGUUAG